AUGGCUGGCCUACUGUACGCAGUAGUUGUGUUCUGCCAGCUGCUUUCCGUCGCCUGGGCCGCCACACUGCGAGUCUACAUUCCCAGUUCCAAUCUAUUACACAACCCAAAUACUCUUCCAGCCUCGACUCAUGCCACCCUGACGUCGGGCACAGGUCCGCCAGUCAAAGCUGUUCUGCGGAGAGGAAACUACAUCGAGUUCCCAGACAUCACCACCGUCGGCUCUCACCUCCUCGACAUCUAUACCCGUGAUUACGUCUUUGCACCCUACCGCAUCGAUAUCUCUCCCUCUCCAGACUCGCCGGGCACCGUCAUCACAGGAGCUUGGGAGACGUACCGAGGAGCACGCUGGGCGGACCGAGGGGUUGCUCUUGUCACCGCACCCACAGACAAGCUUGAUAUUUCCGCCAAAGUCCUAGCAGCGAAGGAAUUCUAUGAGCAACGCGCGGGCUUCAACCCUUUGACUUUGCUCAAGAAUCCGAUGAUCCUCUUCGGACUGGUGGCGUUGGCCUUGACGUUUGGAAUGCCCAAGUUGAUGGAGAACAUGGACCCGGAAAUGCGAGCCGAGUAUGAAGAGAUGCAAAAGAAAAGUCCCAUGGGUGGCAUCACACGGGCGAUGCAGGGCGGUGGUACGGGAGGCUCAACUGAGAACUUCGAUCUGGCUGGAUUCUUGGCUGGCAGCAGCAAAAGUUCGGGAGCCGACAACACGUCCGAGGGUAUUCGUGAGAGAAAGCGAUAA